AUGCCUUCUAGACAACAACCUUCUUCUUUCCCUAAUCAACAGACCACAAAACAUAGGGCUACUUUCAUCUUUCUCGUAAUCACCAUUUUUUCGUCUCUUGUUAUAGUUAUUGGAGUUGUUUACUUGCUUUAUUACCUUUGGUAUUCGUUGAUUCGUCGUUCUCGUACUAGUCCGCUUGAUUCAUGUCUUUUGAAACUCCGUCGUUACAGCUAUAAAGAGCUUAACUCCGCCACUAAUGGCUUCUCCGACGAUAAUUACAUCGGAAAAGGCGGUUCCGGUACUGUGUACCGUGGUAUACUCAGAAAUGGAAAACUCGUUGCGGUGAAGCUGCUUGAUUCGGAAUCCAUGGAUGCCGAUCGGGAAUUCCAGAACGAGCUUCGGAUACUCGGCGGAUUGGAAUCGCAAUUCGUUGUUUCGUUGUUAGGAUAUUGUGUAGAUAAGAGGAAACGAUUGGUUGUUUAUGAGUAUAUGCCGAAUCGGAGCUUACAAGAAUCGCUUUUCUCUGAACGUAGCUUGAAUUGGGACAGGAGAUUCGAGAUCAUUCUAGAUGUUUCUAGAGCACUCGAGUUCCUCCACCGUGAAUGUGAUCCGCCGGUGAUUCACGGCGACGUAAAACCUAGCAACGUUUUACUGGAUACAGAGUUCCGAGCAAAGCUUUCCGAUUUCGGAUUAUCGAGAUUGAAGAUCGAGCCUGAAUUCGGUGUUGAUUUGUUCAGUCAGGAUCUGUCUGGAACUUUAGCCGGUACCGGCGCCGGCGCCGGCGAGUCUCCAGCGAUUGGAACUCCAGUCGAUAAUGAGGUAGAUUUCUCUCUCGCUCUACAAGCUUCCUCAUCUUCUACACCGAUCAAUAGUAAGGUUGUUUGUAAUCGUCUGAAAGGGUUAGGGUUUAUGAACGAUAAAGGAAAGGAGCUUUCGAUCGGUAAUAACGAACACGGCUCCGGCGCCGGCAAUGAUUGGAUUAACAAUAAAUUUACGAAUUAUGAUGAUGAUUUAGGUCUUACCGUUGAUAAUAAUCACAGUAGAGAAUCGAAUUUGAAUCCUUCUGAUCAUUGUGACGAUGAACACAAAACUGGUAAGAAACAAUGGGGGAAAGAUUGGUGGUGGAAGCAAGACGGCAGCGGCGAGCUUUGUAGCAAAGAUUACGUCAGAGAAUGGAUCGGAAGUCAAAUCUGCCCGCCGGCGAAUCCAGAUUGGGACGACGAUAAGAACUCUGAGAAACCUGAUUUGGAUCAUUCAACGAGAUUGAACAAAUUCAAGGAUUCGCACGAUAAUAAAGCAUUCGAGCACGAAGAACCAAGGGGGUGGCGGCCACCGUGCAGUGAAAAACGUCAUCGGAAAAUGCAGGAAUGGUGGAAGGAAGAACAUCUUGAUGAACUCAGCAAGAAGAAGGUCGAAAAGAAGAUCAAACGACGGUUCAAACUCUCGAUCUUCCGAAGAAAAAGAAAACCAACGGGUCGUGAUCUCGAGAACGGAUUUGAUCCGAACAAAGAGUUCAGUUUCCGGAAGAAUUCGAAGAACAACGAGAUGUGGAGUGGAGACGUUUUCAGUCGAGAAUUGAGCAGUACGACGAGCAUGAGGGGGACACUAUGUUACGUCGCACCAGAAUACGGUGGCUGCGGAUUCUUGAUUGAGAAAGCUGAUAUCUAUAGUUUCGGCGUUUUGAUUCUCGUGAUUGUUUCGGGCCGAAGACCGUUACACGUUCUUGCUUCCCCGAUGAAGCUCGAGAAGGCAAACUUGAUAAGUUGGUGUCGGCAAUUAGCUCAAGGAGGCGAUUUGUUAGAAUUGGUCGAUGAAAAAUUGAAAAACGACUACAAUAAGGCGCAAGCAAGCUUGUGUGUUAAUUUGGCGCUCGCUUGUUUACAAAAGAUGCCGGAGUUGAGGCCCGAUAUCGCGGAUAUUGUAAAAAUCUUGAAAGGAGAAAUCGAUCUCCCGGUUCUCCCAUACGAGUUUUCCCCGUCCCCACCUUCGAAAUUGGUCGGGAGAUCAAGAUCGAGGAGGAAGAACAAGAACAAUGCCGAUUGAAGGACAAUACAACGUAGCAUUUUGACAGUUCGAGUCUUCCGAGGGCCAUUGGAAAUUUUUCAGACUGUUAUCUUUAAAAACUUAUAGGAUUAGUCAAUGCGCGUGCAAUCUGGCUCUGAUACCUAUGGUUAGCAGAAAAAUAGGACUCGAUGAUGUGCAUUUUGGAGUUUGUUCAAAUGGUUGAGAAUUUUUUAUGUUAACUGUGGGUGUCCAGGUCAGCUUCUGUGCACCUCGACUAAUCCUGGGGCCUAGAGAACAGUUAGGAAAAUCUUUAACAUCCUUGCAGUGGCGUCUGAAGAGAAUUCUUAGAGGUAUUAACUUUAUUGUCAGUUGAGCUAACCCCACAAGAUUAAAUGAUUGAGAAUUUGUUACGAUAAGUUAAAGAUCAUCAGUUUGAAUUUCGUGCACGUUUUUAUCUGAUGAAUUACCAAAAAUACGUUAUUAAAUUAGUAACAAAAGAUGGGGUAUACGCAAACAACUUCGUUUUUGGAAUCGAUCACGAUGUGUGAUAUUGUCGUAUUUGUAUAUAUGUUUGUAGAGUAUGCGUAUUUUGAUCGAUUUAUAA